AAAGUAUAUUGGUGAUAAGAUAUAUAUAAACGCAUUGUAGAUAUAAUCAUUAGAGUGGGCAGCUAUGACGAAGCUUCUCCAUAUAGCGCUGCUUAUUUCGAGUGCUUACGCCGCGGCCUCAGCCUGUGAAAAUGGGGCUCUGGAGAUAGUCAAAGGAACAAGAUGUCGCCGGUACGCUGAAUGUGAAAACGGAUCAUGGCACCUGAAGGAAUGCAAAUUUGGCCAAGUAUUCGAUCCCAAAAAACUUAAAUGCGCAUUGGGUAGGUGCGUUGAUAGAUCGAAAUGUUCUGAAGGCAGAGCGUACUCUCAUCUCGACAACGCUAACCUGUACUAUCGAUGCAUCAAUGGCCGCAUUUCGAUACAGGUCUGCGGAGCCGGGGAAGUCUUCGACCCAGAUCUCCAAUACUGUCGGUUCGACGACGCCUUCCAACACAGAGGUUUGAGCAGAGCCAGAAGGGAUGCGGAUGAAGCUUGCGAAGACGGUAGCAAACGAAGAGAUGGCAAAUCCUGCAAGGAUUAUUUUGAAUGCGUCAAGGGAGAAGAAGUAAAGAAGAGUUGUGCGGACUGCAUGAACUUCGACGAUACAACCCAAACCUGCCGUUUCGUUUUCGUGUCACCCUGCAAGUAUGCUCCAACACCAGAGCCUCCAACAACACCAACCGAUCCUCCAAAACCCACCGAUCCUCCAACACCACCCACCGAUCCUCCAACACCACCCACCGAUCCUCCAACACCACCCACUGAUCCUCCAAAACCCACCGAUCCUCCAAAACCCACUGAUCCUCCAACACCACCCACCGAUCCUCCAACACCACCCACCGAUCCUCCAAAACCUACCGAUCCUCCAACACCACCCACUGAUCCUCCAAAACCCACCGAUCCUCCGACACCCACCGAUCCUCCAACACCACCCACCGAUCCUCCAACACCACCCACCGAUCCCCCAACACCACCCACCGAUCCUCCAACACCAUCUACAGAACCUACUCCUUGCAAGGAAGGAGACAAGAUUGGGGUUGUUGAUCCUGAUUGCAAAGCUUACAAAGUAUGCAAAAACGGCGUAUGGGUUAAUGAUGCCUGCGGUUGGUGGCGAAAAUUCGACGCGAUCAAGAAAGAAUGUGAAUACAGUUGGUUCCACAAAAUCACCUGCGCUUCAUAAGUUAUUAAAUCAUUAAAAUUAAUUAUGAAUUAUUAUAUUAAUUGUUUGGUCUAAAUUAAAAAUUAUUUAUGUUAAAUAUUUUUUUUCUUAAAUAUCAAGUCAAAAACAUCUACGAAUAUCAAUUGUUUGUAUUUUUUUUUUUUUUAUGAUUAUAAUUAAUUUUUCUAGUUUAAUAAUUCUAUGAACAUUUAUUUCCUAAUUAGCAAGUUUCACACUAUAACAUAUUCAUACACAGAGAAAAUUCUAAUAGUUUAAGUUUUUAAAUGUAAUAAUUUAAAAUUAAUUAAAUGUAUAUCAAUAAAAUUUAAUAAAUUGCGUUUUUAUUAAUGUGCG